GACAGAUCGGUUUGAUACUCGGUAGUAUCCAAUAAAAAACGUUAGUACGGGCUUGUUCUGGGCAGAGUAAAGGUUAUCGGUUGAUCGGAAGUUUUGUUUAUGUUCACAGCGAACGAAAUUUUGAAUAAGUAGAUGCCUUAAAACCGGACUACUAAUUAAAUUGAGAUGUUGGACACAGUGAAAUUUUUCGUAUUUGUCCUAUUACUGUUAAUCACAAUACUUUUGAAUCAGAAUGUUACUUCGAAGAAAUCUGGCGAACUAGACCUCAGUCAAUUUUGGCGCAUCGAAAACGAAAACCGAACCCUCUCCAUCAAUAAUCAAACCCUUCCAUCUGGGAUUUACAGCGCACUAGAGCAAGCUUUGAUUAUUGAAUCCGUACUUGACUUCAAAAACGAUUUAACCACUAAAUGGAUAGCUCGCGAUAAUUGGACCUACACUCUGCCGCUACCAUGCAGCCAAUAUGAGCUGAAUUUUACACAUGUAGUGUUAACCUUGCACGGAGUGGACACAUUUUCUAAAGUCUACCUCAACGAUGAAUUGCUAGGUGAAACGAACAAUAUGUUCGUUCGCUACAGGUUCGAUGUGAAAUCCAUUCUCCGGAAUGAGUAUAAAAAUAGCCCCGAGCUUCGUAUUUCCAUACGGUCACCCGUUUCGGAGGCAUCCCUUCUGGCUGCCAGGUACGAUCAUUUGAAGAUAGUUCCAGAAUGUCCCCCAGCAAGAUACAACGGAGAAUGCCACGUCAAUAUGAUCCGUAAAAUGCAAGCCAGUUUCGCGUGGGACUGGGGCCUUGCAGUUCCAUCGAUGGGUUUAUGGAAACCCGUGCGGCUGGAAUAUUACGAUUCCGCAAAGAUUCGGGACAUCACAUUUGCGCUUUUUGAUGAAGAAACACAUUGGAGAGUGAUGGUUGGCGUUUAUCUAGAAUCAGGAAUAGCCAAGAAGAAGCUGCAAGGAACCUUGUUGUUUAAAAUAUUGGGUGUUCAAAUACAAAAUGAGAUCGCGAACGUGGAUGAAAAUACCGAUACCACUGGGGAGCUUUUCGUCGAGCAUUCAUUAACCGUCAACAAAUCUGCAAUAGAGCUGUGGUGGCCCAAUGGCUAUGGGCGACAAAAGCUGUACAACCUCUAUGUAAAGUGGGAGGACAAUGUGAUCAAUAGCAUAAAGAUUCAUGAUCGAGAAACGAUGAUUGACGAGAAAGUCAUCCGAGUUGGCUUCCGGAACAUCAAACUUAGCCAAGAACGCACUUCUGAUGGGCUGAUGUUUUAUUUCAUCGUUAAUGAUGUCCCAAUGUUCAUGAAAGGAUCCAAUUGGAUCCCAUCGUCAGUAUUACCAGAAAGCUCGUAUGAUGAAAAUUAUGUGAAAUUUCUACUGUAUGCGACCCGUGACGCCAAUAUGAACAUGCUGCGUGUAUGGGGCGGAGGAGUUUACGAGAGUGAUUACUUCUACCAGCUCGCCGAUGAACUAGGAAUACUGAUCUGGCACGACAUGAUGUUUGCAUGUUCAAUGUAUCCUGCGGACGAAACUUUCCUAAAUAAUGUAAAGGUUGAGGUAAUGCAAAACAUUCGACGAAUCCAGUAUCAUCCGUGCAUAUCCAUAUGGGCAACUAACAACGAAAAUGAGGUAGCUCUCCGUCAAAACUGGUACGGAACACAUGUAAACGAUGAAAUGUAUACCAAAGAAUAUAAAAAGCUAUACGUUGAAGUCGUGCAACCUACGAUCGAAAAAGUGGAUAAAUGGCGAACUGUUCUAAUAUCUUCGCCAUCCAACGGUGAUCAAUCCAUAAAAGAAGGUAACAUAGCCAAGAACCCCCAGGAUCCACACUAUGGAGAUGUUCAUUAUUACAACUACAUAAAUAAUGGUUGGAAUCCGAUUAUUUAUAGAGGAGGAAGAUUCAUCUCAGAAUACGGUUUCCAGUCUUUUCCGGCGCUAACAAGUUGGCCGGUACGAGAUCUUCGAAAUGACGAGUUAGCAGAUUUGAUUGAACACCGUCAACAUAGUCCUUUGGGUAACGAGCCAAUCCUACACAUGAUCGAGGAAAAUCUACCACUGCCAAAUACUGAUUCCACCAACUACUGGCGAGAUAUCAUCUACCUCAGUCAAAUAUCACAAGCAAUGAUCGUCAAAACAGAAACAGAAGUCUACCGAUCUAAACGAAUAGAGUAUGGUACGAUGGGCGCCCUCUACUGGCAACUCAAUGACGUUUGGAUAGCACCAUCUUGGUCUAGUAUUGAAUAUGGUGGAAAAUAUAAAAUUCUUCAAUAUUGGAUGAAGGACGUCUUUGCUCAAAAUCAUGUCAUAGCGUACAUUAAUGCACUGAAAAAGUUAGAUUUGUAUGUCGUUAGAGAUACUUUAGGAGCAGAUGAGACUUGCUCGGUGGAGAUAAAUGUUUAUCAAUGGAACAAGUUUAAGAAAGUGGACAAUUUCACCUUUAACUCAAUCAAAGUACCUGAAAAUACAGUUAUUCGGAUAGGAUCUUACGAUAUAUACGACCAUUUGCAUCAAAAGAAACUGGAACCCAAAAACCACCUUCUGCUAAUCAACCUUUACCGCGAUGGAAGCAAAAUUGCCGACAAUUUUGUACUACUAGACAAAAUAAAGAAUGUUGCCCAAAUGGUUGCGCCGACAGUAAGGCUGACAAUUGCCUCGUCCAACUGUAAUACAGUCACUAAUGUAGUGCAAGUGAGCUUGGAAGUGGUUAUUAGUUCACCGGCUGUAUUUUUGUACAUGUCGCUAUCUCCAGAGAAUAGUUCUCUGAAACAGUGUCAAUUUUCAAAGAACGGAUUUUUACAAUUUACGCCCAUUCAGACUGUCUACCUUAAAUGUGUCGAUAUUGGGUGCAAAUCAAAAAUACAGAGCGACGACAUUGAUGUUCUGACAGUAAAUGAAUUGUUCCCCCAGCAUACUAGUCGAAGUGAUAAUAAAUAAAGCAAAAAGAGUUA